UACACAUGUACAGUUGCACUUAACAUAUCGGCUUUAGCUGUUAUGGCCGCUUUUCUUUAUUGUGUUUUAUAUAUAAUUUUUACCCAUAACUACGACUGUUUAUUAUCUGCACAUAUAAGUCACAAAUUUAUUGGCUUGGUUCGUCUUAGCUUAAUAUCGCAAAAAAAAAAAACUUUUUUUGAUAUCGAAGUGUGAAAUGGUGACUAAAAAAAUGGAAUAUGACACCAGUUUAGUAGGUUCCCACAUGCCAACUUUCCAAUAUGCCGCAUCUGUUCUUAAAGAAAUGAUAGAUUUGGUGAAAAGCGUCCAGCAUCCUACUUCCAAUAAAUUAGUAUUUCAAACGCUACCGAAGCGUAUGAGAAGACGAGCAAUGUCUCACCAUCCCAAACGGUUACCGAGGAAAUACAGAACGGCUCAUAUUGCACAAAUGUCGAAAUCUGGAAGACCGCAGCAAGUUAAUAGGCCGUCGCGUAAAUAUCGAAGAAGACCGCGAAAUCUAUUGGCAGAUUAUUUGCGGCGUCAACGUAAGCACAAAUGGCUGGAAACUCAUAUAUGGCAUGCGAAACGCUUUCAUAUGAUCGAAAGAUGGGGAUAUCGGUUACCUUAUGGUAGUUGCGAUAAAACGUUUCGUGCAUGUUACAGGGCUUCAGCAGAGCACUGCUUAUUGCAAGACAUCUCUUUUUAUGCUUGCAUUGAAAUGAGAGGUCUCCUUGAAGACUUGGAAAAAGGUUUUGAGCACUUAACUAGCCAACACAUCGGUUUAAGAAUAACAGCGAGCACAUUUGUGAAUGGUCGUAGGGAAGGUAGCGUUGAUUUAUUUAAAUACAAAGAAUAUCCUUUUAAAGCUCUAGGUAGGGUUAACUUUUUGUGGCGUCCAUUAACGCAAGGUCAAAAACAAGAGCAAAACUUGAACAGAGUAUUGUGGUUAUGGAUGCAUCCCAGUUCCUCCCAUUGCAUAGUAGAAGAACUUAUUAAAGUAUUUGAACUAAAAUCCGCAAAAAUUACGAAAAUUCCUUUAGGCAUUGAGGAUGAGAAUCCAAAAAUUGACGGCUCUUCAAAGAUGUCUGCGAAAAUUCAGAGACGGUUGAAAUUCAUGACUAAAUUUACGGUCAGGCAAAAUAUUCCUACCUAUAAAAACAAUCUUGCAACAAUCGAAUUAAGGGAAUUGAGCGGCACGAUAAAUCGUUUUCGUUUGACGGGACCUCUAGCUCAAAGGGUUUUAAGCCAUGCUUUUAAAGUGAAAGAUUUCGAUCGUUUAAUAAAUGCGAAGAAAACGUGGGUCGGAGAUUUGUUAGGAGAACAAACAUUUCUUGAUACUUACAAGCAGCAACAGCAAUAUUGGGAAAAAUGCCAGAAACUUUUAACGUCUCCAUCACAAUUAUUAUCUAACAUGGUGUUGGCGUUGUGUAUUGAAGAUCCUCGUCUGCAUCGCCCAAAAAAGCGUACCAAAGCCAUCAGUAAAACAAAAUCCGAUUAUAACGAAGAUCUUGAAGAACUCUUAGUCGAUAUGCCUUCUGCUCUAAGUGAAUCUUCUUUAUGGGAACAAUGCAUACGGGAUCGUGUAUCCAAUGAAAUGGUAACAUCUCAUUCCUAUUAUGGGUUAAGGGAAAAGCAAGCUAUUGUUCCGGGGCAACCCUGCCAAUUUGAGGAUGCAUUGCAACCUAUUCCUGUUUUAUUGAUUCAACGCCCAGGUUCCCAGCGUAGUAACUUCGUACGUCUUGGUUAUGGUUGUGGCUGGGAUGUUAUUGCCCCAGCUGGUUAUGGUUUACAUAUAUGGUUGUCUUGUAUCAUGUGGGGUGCUCGACCAGGAGGAUUAAGAGAGUUCGAAACAAUAGGCCGAGAAAUGGGCAUUGAACAACAUUCACCGGAUACUAUUAGUGGUAGGCGAAUGGCUGCCGAACGGUACGUAGAGUUGCGUGAUAAAUAUUUUCGUUUGCCACCCAACAAACGCGUCAGCUAUCGAAAAUUAUCCAUUCUGUCUCCAUUUCGUGCACCUUUCUCAGAGUUAGUGCGUGAUUGGAAAUCGGAUACCACCAAUGUGAACGACUUCUACGUCUUACGAGAUCGUUCUAAGCUCAAAGAUAUUGUUGAAUGUAUUAAAAGAUCAAAUCCGGUGAAAUUUCCGUCAAGCCUAAAAUCGGAAUGCCUAAUUCAAUUAAGAUUAAGCGUGAAACGUCGAGGAAGUCCAAACAAUUUUUCUUUAAUUUGUUUGCCUAUAAGAAACGAUUUUAAACGCAACUUAAAACACAUCUAUUUACGUAGUAAUGACCCCGUCUUCACAGAGCCUUUGUUGUCGGACCCCAAUGAAAAGGAACGCAAGAAAUUUCGAUUGCAACAUAAAAAGCUAUUAAAGCGUUUAAGAGCUCGAAGGAUUAGAGAGAAGCGUAAAAAACAGGAGACAAGCAAUACCAAGGUAUACAUACGUUCUGCUGGGACGGCUGCAAUUUGUGCUGCACAAUUUAAGAAAAUGUGCGAAUUGUGGCUUCCUGAAGAUACUUCCACAUUAUAUACCGUACGUAAGCAAGGAUGUCGAGACGUUUUUGGUUAUCUUACCUCUGUGAAUUUCUGCCUAAGCGAAGGUACAGUAGGUGGUAUAGGAUACGUAACGGCAGAGGGACUAAAAAGUUUGCUUAAACUUUGUCAGAAAUGUCAUCUAAAGGAGCCCAUGUGCUUAGUACGUCCAAACAAUAGCCGGCAUUACCGUUUUGCUACAUUCAAAGUAAAUUUAGAUGUUUGGUGAUUUCGACUAUCUCGUUAAGUUUGGCAAGAGUGUUAAUGAAAAAAGAAAAAAAUAUAAUAUUUUUAUUUACCUA